AUGAAUGUACUUGCGAGCAGGAUGUUGCAUAUGAAACAAGCAACUACAUCUCGUUACCAAAACGUUAUCAGUUCAAGUUUAAAAACAGAUGGUAUACCAGGAAAUCAAUUAUUCUCCCAGAUGAUCAAAAAUGAACAACAACAGCAACGAAAGUCUCAAAAAGCAAUGAAGCAUACUUUUGAUAAAAAAGUAUUCAAUGCAAAUAAUAACAACACCAAUAAUUACGGAAUAGAUGGAUCAACAACCUAUAAUACGCAAACGAAUUUUUCAUUAUUAAAUAAUCGACAAAAAACAGAGGCAGUUAUAUCUAAUCAAUAUACGGAAAAUUCUACAAAUAGUUCUCGACAACCAAAAGCGAUGAAAUUUACGGGAAAAAACAACCUGACUAGCACAUCGACUAGUUAUGUCACAACUGGUGACCAAUCACAAACAUACAUUGAACAAAAAGUUAAAAAUGUAAUUAAAUCCACAAAAGAAAUAACACAUGAACUUGAUUUGAUAUGUGAAGAUGAACCACUAACCGAAGCUCAAUUACAUUGCUAUCCAACAAGAGCAUACGAUCCGAAAGCUCCAACACCACUACCUGCUGUUCGAAAACGUACAUCGUUGGUAAAAGAAUUACAAGUUCAAGAUUUGGAGGAGUUGGAUGAUCCUGAUGAAGAUUUUGUACCUAGUGAAUCAUCGGAUGAUGAUGAAAGUUAUGAACCCUACCAAGAAAGACGAGCAAAUCGUGGCGUUCGUGGAGGAAGACGUGGGCGCAGUGGUGGAAGUGGUCGAUUUUCAUUUUCAACCACAACACAUUUUGUCCGCCCUCAACCAUCUCGUUUUGAUAAUAAUCCGUUAUCUCGUUCACAAUUGUUUACUUCAUCCCAAAGAUAUUCUUCUACUGGCUCUCGUGGUGGAGGAGACAAUUCACUUGAAAUGGAAUUAGAACGAAAUUAUGCAAUUGCUUUACCGAGAUACUAUGGCGUUAAAAAUGGUCAAGGCAAUGAUCCAACUGAUUAUGGAGAUUUUCGAGUUAAAUGUUCUGUAUGCGACGAACAAUUUCCAAAUAAUAUAACACUCACCUCACAUAUGUGUUCACAUUUAGAAGAUAUUAAUUAUUUGUGUCCAUUCGAUAAGACUAUUUUACAAUGCCAAGUUUGUCAUGAAGAAUUUUCCACACCGUUUAAAUUGUAUAUGCAUGAAGAUCAAACGCAUAUGUUACAAAUAAGAGAAUUUCGUUGUCGUAUUUGUGAUCAACAACAUCAUACUCUCAUCGAUCUAUUUGCCCAUCUAAAUUUUGUACAUGGAGGAUUAGAAAUGCCUUAUUAUUGUGAAUUGUGCGGUUAUCGCACAUCAAUGUAUGACGAUAUGAUACAUCAUAUUCGAGAAACACACAAAAAUACACGAUACUUUUUCUGCAGUUAUUGUUUAAAAACUAUUCCAUUGCCCGCUAUGCAAUUUUCUAAUUUAUUAAACGGCGGUGGAGCAUUUCGACAUCUUCUUUUACAUUUCAAUCGUAUCGAAGGGAACAAAACAAAGGAAUCAAAAUUUCGUCAUUGUCGUCGUUGUAUUCUACACGUGAAAUCCAUAAAAGAACACUUGACACGUGAUCAUACAGCAAUAACCGAGAACAAUAAUAAUAAUACUAAUAAUAAUCAGUUUUUAUUACCACGCACAACACCAUUAUAUUCUGUCGAUAGUUACGAUGAUAUUCAAAAUACAAAUGCAUUAUAUAGUCGUAAUUUUGGUUAUACUACGAAAAGCGAAGUGAAUGAACAUCCUCAAGUUCCGAUGGCAACUAUUCGACGGCGAACAAAUCAUACAGGGCUACCAUUAUCUAGAAUAUCUCCAAAUUUAUCACCAAACGAUACCAAAUCUUAUUCAAAUCAGUUCACUCGUAAACAGUAUGCAUCGUCUACACCGAUGCAGAAUUCGAAAAUGACAACAAAUAGAACGGGUUUAAUAUGUUCCGAUUGUCCUGGUGGUACAGCUGAGCAACGCCAUACAAGAAAUGGUUAUCGAUGUCGAUUGUGUAUUUUCUCAACUCAAUGUUCAACUCAAUAUGCAAAACAUUUGACUAGUGCUCAUGCUUUAACGCCGUUAACGGAUCUAGCAUUACGUAAAAUGGCAAACUCUUGUUUAAUGAAUUGUGUGUGCGGUUACUCAACCUCGCAUGGUGAUUUAAUGGCGAAACAUCUUGAUGAAUGUUUAGCAGCGAGAUGUACUUGUCACUAUUUCUGA